GGUAGAGCAGGAAGUGAGUCGAAUCCAAAGAGCGAAAGUUUUGUUAAGAUUCAAUCGUAAACAAUUUUAAGUUUCUCCGUUGUUUUCAUAAGUUUUUAGAGAUUGUACUGGAUUGAUUACAGCUUGGGAUCGUUUGAUGUCGACUUAACUUCGUAGGGAAUGGUAUUUUAGAGCGAUCGGAGUUUGCUAAACGAAGUGGUCAAUCACACCAUGGAGUGAGGUUUAAAAUUAUAUACAUUGAUAGUGUCAUUAAUUUAGCUCGACUUUUGAAGAUCAUUUUCAUCGUAAUCUCUUGAAAUUGGACUCAACGAAAUCCAUACAACAGCAGGAUUUAAAAAUAAAACAAUGGCUGUUAGUCCGGACACCCAGGCAUGGUUUCAUGGCUGCAUCUCUCGACAAGAAGCAGAAGAUCUUUUAAUCAGAGGAGGAAAAAAAGAUGGUUUAUUUUUAGUGCGAGAAAGUAUAUCUCAAGUUGGAAGCUAUGCCUUGUCAAUGUGUUAUAACAACAAAAUCAUACACUACCAAGCCCAGAGAACAUCGGAUGGCCAUGUAGCGAUCGAAGACGGACCAAGAUUUCCUGGACCAGUUGAGCUUGUGCGUUAUCAUUCAGUUCAGCUUGAUGGUCUAUUGUGCAAAUUAAUAACUCCUUUAUGCCGGAAGCCUGGGGUUCUUCCAAGAUCCUAUGGAGGAACAAAUCAAAAGCAUAUUAAAGAUGCUGCAGAGAGGGCAUUGGAAUCAAUGGGAAUCUUAGAUGAUCCACAAAUGCAACGACAAAUGGAAAGCUUUAUUGGAAAAGUUCUCCAUCAAAGCGAAAAUUGGUUUCAUGGAAAUAUCUCUCGUGAGGAAGCGGAACGCAGGCUCCAGCGCUGUGGGUGUGUCAAUGGCCUUUACCUUGUACGAGAAAGAAAGUCCCCAAAAGGGACAUAUGCCAUGGGCCUCUGCUGCAAUGGAACUGUCGUUCACUACCUAUUUGAUGCUGACAGCCGUGGCCAACUUUCAAUACAGUCCGGUCCAAAGUUUGACAACCUAAUGCUUGCUGUAGAUCACUAUUGCCAAACUAAUGAUGGGCUUUUGUACACGCUCACUGAGCCAUGUGAUGUCACACUGUUUGAAGAACGACGUGGAUCUCUUCCUCGUCCAGAAUUUGGUUUCCCAGGGAGACCAGCAAGCAGAUCGUUUAGUGAAGAUGCUAGCCCCCCUGUCGUAGGCUCACCACCAAAACUUCCAACAGGAGCUGGAUUUCAAGGGUCUUUGCCAAGAAGUCCCAGAAGUCCAACGUCACCUUUACCUCUCCUUCCUGGACGACCACCAUCUCAACACAACCCUACUGGUAAUAAUCAAGCUGGGUUUGAGGCCAUAUAUGACUCUGUGAAGCUAAAGAAGAGCUCUGGAUAUGUCAAUCAGUUUAAGUCAGUGAAGAACUUUGAACUCAAGCAUGAAAAUCUCGCUCUUGGAAAAGAACUAGGUCAUGGUAAUUUUGGUUCAGUGUUGAAGGGUACCUAUACAAUGCCAUCUGGGGAAAAAAUACCUGUCGCUGUGAAGAGUUUGAAAUCUGAAGAACUUAACAAUCCUAAGUCAGAGAUUAUGCAUGAAGCAAAAGUCAUGAUGGAGCUAGAUCAUCCAUACAUUGUGAGGAUCAUCGGGAUGUGUCAAGGUCCCACAAUGAUGCUGGUGAUGGAGCUAGCUGCUGAGGGUCCGCUUAACAAAUACCUGAAAACUCAUAAGACUAUGCCCAUGUUAAGUACUCUUAUCUUAAUGUUGCAAGUUGCAGAGGGAAUGCAGUAUUUGGAAGCACAUCAAUUCGUACAUCGAGAUUUAGCAGCAAGAAAUGUGCUGGUUGUAAACGAGAGCUUCGUGAAAAUCAGUGACUUCGGCAUGUCACGUGCUAUGGGUGCCGGAAGUGAUUACUACAGGGCUGUAACGCCAGGCAAAUGGCCUCUCAAAUGGUACGCACCAGAAUGUAUCUACUUCAGAAAAUUCUCAAGUAAGAGUGACGUAUGGAGCUAUGGCGUCACACUCUGGGAAGCUACGUCAUACGGUGCAAGACCUUAUCAGGGAAUGAAUGGGCAAAUUAUUAUUGAGAAAUUAGAAAGUGGAUACAGGCUUCCAUCGCCUCCAAAUGUGCCUGAUGAAGUUUACAAACUCAUGAAAAGUUGCUGGGAAUAUGAGGAGGAAGCCAGACCAUCAUUCAAGAGCCUUUGGCAGUCCUUAGGCCAUAUUAUCGUGAAACUAAAACGAUGAUGUCCACAAUGACAACCGAUAACAACCGCUAUUGGAUGUUAUCAUCUUUAUAAUACAUACUUAAACCUGAAGCACUUAGAAAUUAGAUCACAAAAUUAGAACAAAAAACGUAGAAAAUGUGUCGGCCAUAUUGGAUGUCACAACAAGAGACAUAAAAGAAUAUUCACUGAAUUCAUCCAAGAUGGCGGUAACCAAUACCAACAAUAGAAAGCAUUUGAAAAUAAGAAGCGAAAAAAUCAAGAAUAGGAGCAGAAUAUUUUAUGCUUAAAGUAAGAACAGUUUUGUGGCUUAAAAUCUUGCGAUUGAUGCUUCACAGUCUCGUCUCUGCCGCCUCACCAGUUCGGGUCGUUAUGUCAACAAUAUAUAGACAAGUUGAAGAGUUUCUUUGUUCGUGGGAAUCACGACUUGACUAUAUUUUUUAAAAUUUCAAUCAAUUUUUCCCUGACGAUGGGUUUGUAACCCGAAAGCUCGGAGCAGAAAUAUGAAAAUAAAAAAAUACGUGGAUGAAACAAAAAAGUAGUAAAUAUAUAGAUACUUGUACUACAGCUUAUACCUUAUCAUUUCCCUUGUGCUUUUUUAAUCUUGCAAAUAUGUCAUCAUAAAUGCAUUGCAAUACCUCGUAACAUUUGUCCUCAUCAUUUGAUUUUACUAAGCUUAGAGGAAGACUGGUAAUGAACUGUUGAUGUAAAGGAUUGUUGGGUGCGUUUGAGAACUCGCGAUGAAUCAGUCCCAAAGUCUUUUGCGCCACAAGAACAACAGUCACCUCUGAACUUGGGUAGGACCAAUGCUGCUUUGAACRGUACUAAAUAGAACUAAAAUGCAGGAAAAGUUUAUAUAAGUAAGAAGUUUCGAUUUGAAGAGCUUAGAGCUGCAAUUUUUAUUCACAAUUCAGUAGUUUAGGAUAUUUUAGCUGAAUAACGCACUAUACUAUAUAUAGCUUAAAAUCUUAAAAAUUCUUAUUAGCAGACAAUGUACAUAUAGAGAUACUUAGUAAGGACAUUUUAAAAGAACUUAGCAAUCAUUUACUCGAGAUCUCUACUACUAUGUUCGCCAUUUUAAAAUAAAAUUUGUUU